CCCAUCAGGGUUGACCACUUUUAUGCUUCUUCUCCCUGAAUAUUACCUCUACAAGAAGUAUAAUAUAUCCUUAAUUCAUACUUAAGUACAUUAAACGUUAACUUCCGUUAUGAAGUGACAGUUCAGUAUCUAAUCGACAUUCCAAACCAUUUUAUCGAAAUGAUCCAUUUCAUCUUUUUGAAAGGAUCAGCUGUUUUGACUCUCCUGUUGGCUGGCUAUUUGGCACAGCAGUAUUUACCAUUGCCUACUCCUAAAGUGAUUGGCAUUGACCUUGGCACCACCUAUUGUUCUGUUGGGGUGUUUUUUCCUGGCACAGGAAAAGUAAAAGUGAUUCCAGAUGAAAAUGGGCACAUCAGCAUACCCAGCAUGGUGUCCUUUACUGACAGUGAUGUAUAUGUGGGGUAUGAGAGCUUAGAACUGGCAGAUUCAAAUCCUCAGAACACAAUAUAUGAUGCCAAAAGAUUCAUCGGCAAGAUCUUUACCCCUGAAGAGCUGGAGGCUGAAAUUGGCAGAUACCCAUUUAAGGUUUUAAACAAAAAUGGAAUGGUUGAGUUUUCUGUGACAAGUAAUGAGACCAUCACCGUUUCCCCAGAAUAUGUUGGCUCUCGACUGUUGUUGAAGUUAAAGGAAAUGGCAGAGGAAUAUCUUGGAAUGCCAGUUGCCAAUGCUGUCAUUUCUGUACCAGCAGAAUUUGAUCUAAAACAAAGAAAUUCAACAAUAGAAGCUGCUAACCUUGCAGGACUGAAGAUCCUUAGAGUAAUAAAUGAACCCACUGCAGCAGCUAUGGCCUACGGUCUCCACAAGGCUGAUGUCUUUCACGUCUUGGUGAUAGACUUGGGUGGUGGGACUCUGGAUGUGUCGUUACUGAAUAAACAGGGAGGCAUGUUUCUAACCCGAGCCAUGUCUGGAAACAAUAAACUCGGGGGACAGGACUUCAAUCAGAGAUUACUUCAGUACUUAUAUAAACAGAUCUAUCAGACUUAUGGCUUCCUUCCCUCUAGGAAAGAGGAAAUCCACAGAUUAAGACAAGCUGUGGAAAUGGUCAAAUUAAAUCUGACUCUUCACCAGACUGCUCAGAUGUCAGUAUUACUAACGGUGGAGGAAAAGGACAGGAAGGAACCUCAGAGUAGUGACAGUGACCUGCCAAAGGACAGGCUUUCCACAGCAGAUGGCCAUCAUGUGAACAGUGUGCUUGCACCUGCUCUUUCUGGAAAGAAAAGUGGAGAAAGUCAUGUCUUAUUUGAAACAGAAAUAUCACGGAAGCUCUUCGAUACUCUUAAUGAAGAUCUGUUCCAGAAAAUACUUGUACCCAUUCGACAAGUAUUAAAAGAAGGCCACCUGGAAAAGACUGAGAUUGACGAAGUGGUUUUAGUUGGGGGCUCUACUCGUAUUCCUCGAAUCCGCCAAGUCAUUCAAGAGUUCUUUGGGAAGGAUCCCAACACCUCUGUAGACCCUGACCUGGCAGUGGUGACGGGAGUGGCUAUCCAAGCAGGGAUUGAUGGAGGCUCUUGGCCUCUCCAAGUCAGUGCUUUAGAGAUUCCCAAUAAGCAUUUACAAAAAACCAACUUCAACUGAAUCAUGGAGAAAUGAAGAUUUGUUAGCUUUUCUGAUAUCCUCUUCCUGUGAUCAGGCCACCUCCUUAAAAAAGUGUCUAAAAUAUCUCACAGAUUUACCUAGAAGGCCACAUUUGAUACAGGAAAAUUUUACAUGGUAUUUUGUUUUAGGAGUGGGUGUGAUCAGAUGUGAUUCUGUCUGAUUUGGGAGAGAUUCCAUUCCAAUAGUCCUAAAAGUAUAGAAUUGAGGUAAAACUCUCAUGCAUGGCUAUGUUUUCUGGAUCCUGGAAAUACAUAACCAUAUACACUUACCAUUACAUUCUGUAAACAUUGAGCAGUGCCAAUGACAAGAUUCCAGUUCCUACUAAAUUGUAUUAGCAGGAGCUGGUCAUUUCUUUACUCGGUUAUGACAAGUAACUAUUAAUUUGAACUGUACUUGAAGGAUGGGGUUGAUGUCAGGUAUUUACAUUGGCUGGGAGAUAGCAGUAUUAGUGACAUAAGCUGCAUACAUAAUAUUCAAUAACUGCCAUAUUAUUCAGUAAAUUUACUUUUGCAGACUCACUAUCCCAUUAGAUGUCAUAUUUUCAUAAUCUGCACCCUUCAGGUUUUUCAAUGUAUUUAAUAGAUUAAUUAUUUUCUAAAAUACCAACAGUUGUAUUCAAAUGUGUUGAUACAGAAAGUAGAAAUGUCCAAUUUAUAUUCUAGUUUCCUCAUCUGUGCAUCCUUCUCUGCUUGGAUUUCUAUGAUUCUGCCUGUUUAGAAAACAAUAGGGAACUAUUACUUGGCAUUUUGAAAACGUGUUAAUGUCAAAAUAAAGCCAACAUUACUAACUCAUUUUUAUUUCCAAGAUCUUUUCUUGGAAUAAAUAGCAUUCAUUAUCUACUGUAUUUGUUUUUGCAUUUUUGUUUCUGUGUUUAUAAUUUUGGUAAGCCCUGGGGAAUGUAGCAUACAUUUGAGCUACCAAGUUAUCAAAUUAUAUUCAAUAUUAUUGAGAUUUUCUACCUUAUUUAAGUUUUCAGUGAGGAUAAUAUACUCGAUUAUAAAAGCCCUGUUCCUAUUUUUCUUAUUUUUAAAUAGUUAACACUUGGACUAUUUUUAGCCAUAAAGUUAAUGGAUGUUAAGAGCAAAACUUCGUGAAUACUGGAAGUAAAGUAGAAAUUUAAUGUUGAAAGCAUUGUUAAAAAAUGGCCAGAAAUCAGUAUUUGUAGCAGUUGUGUUUUUUUAUUUUGUUUCUUCUAAGAAAAACCGCAGGGACUAAGAAAGAACUAUACUACAACAGUUCAAUUUCUCUGAUACCCAUAUUAUAUGAAGAUACAUAUUUUUUACUUUUUUCCAUAUUUUUUGGUUAAUAUAAAAUAUAUCGGCUUUUAUCCAUUGCUGAGGAAGGUGGUUGAAUUUCCAAUCAUUAAAAAAGAGAACUAAGCAACUUCAACAUCAACACAUUUCAGCUUUUCAUAGUAAAAAUCUGAAUGUUAAUAUUUUUUAUAGACCUAAAAAAAAUGUUUCUUAGCAAUGAAAUUGCAGUUAAAACAAAUUUUAAUCAAAUACUGUUGUGUUUAGAAUAUGUCUGUAGUAGGUAGAUAGUCCCUUGUAAAAUGUUUGUUGAUAAGUUUUAUUUUAGAACUAAUGGAGAAAUGCCAAAGAUGACUCCUUCACUGCAUUAUGAAGAUUCAAGUAUUCUCUUGGACUUUAUCUAAGUCUCUACAGAUCGUAGAACUGAAAAAAAUCUCCUUGUAAAGGUCUUUCAGAGAAGUAUUUGAUUUAUCUCAAAAUCACAUAUAGUGUCAACUUUAACCUAACACAUUUUAAUUAAAAAAAAAAAGCUUAACUUUCUCAAAUAUUCGAGAUAGUUCAAGACAAUCGAUUAAUUUGUUAAUGCUUUUUACAAGUAUUGCAAAGCAGGCAGCUAAUCACAUAGAAUUGGAAUUUAAGUGAUUUGUGUCUUAAAAGGAGAGUGGCAGUGUUGGAAUUUGGGGGCAGUAGUUUAGCAUAUUCUCUAGUAGAGUUAUACCUUUAAAAAGUGGAGGAAUAUCUGUCUUCAGUCAUAUUAUAGUGGGCUAUGUAUAAUAGUCUUGAAAUCAAUGUAGUUUAUUUAUUUAAAAGAUAGGAAUGCAUCCGGAAGAAGAUCAUUUAUGAAUUGCAACCUGAAGUCAUUAUCAUUUUUCAUAAACUUAAUAUACUUCAGUUAUACACCUAGCAACUGUUUUUCAGAAUAUGUUACAUUUUAAAUAUUUAGUGUCUUGUAUGACUAGGAAAUGUGAGUAAUUUAUUUUGUAUCAGGAAUGUAUUGGUACUGUGUUUUCACUCAGACCACUGACUUAUCAACAGACUCUGUAUGUAACAUGUACUGAAUAUUACAGUUAUUGUGCAUAACAACAGAUUGUGCCUCUUAAAAUUGUGUGUGUACAGGUAAUUCACAUUUUAAUGUAAAUAAAUAUCAUUUUGCAGUUUGUUUUUUAA